UGCAGUUUCAUGAGCUGCCGCCGAGCUCUGCCCGUCACUCCGGACCCCGCUCCCCCCCAUUCGCGUCCCCGCUCCCCUCACGGCCCCUCCGGGCGCGCUCCGGGCUCUGCCCCGCGGGCUCUCCAGCGCCCCCCUCGGGCCGCGCGGCGCCGCCGCAGCCGCGGCCGUUGCGCUCCGGGCGUUGUGUCCUCGCGGCGCCGCGGGUCGCGACAGUCCGUCCGUCGGCGACCGGCGCCAUGGAGGAGCUGCCGCUGCCCGCCGGCGUCAGCCCCAGCACCUUCCCCGCCAAGCUGUGGCAGCUGGUGAACAGCCCACGCGUCCGCUCCGUGCGCUGGGACCCCCGCGCCCAGGGGCUGCUCGUCGACCGGGCGCUCUUCGAGCGGGAGCUGCUGAGCGCGGGCGGCGCGGGCGGCGAUGCGGCGGCGGCGGCCCCGGGCGCCUUCAAAGCCACCAACUUCGGCAGCUUCGUGCGCCAGCUCAACCUGUACGGCUUCCACAAGACGUCGGUGCUGGCGGGGGGCGGUGCCGCGGCCCUGCCGGCCUCUGCCGGGUCCCUGCUCCGCUUCUGCAGCCCCUACUUUCGGCGCGACCGCCCCGAGCUCCUGGUGCACAUCAAGCGCCUGACCAGGGCCAACAGGGAGCGGCUGGCGGCCGGGCUGGAGGUGCGCAGCCGGCAGCCCAGCCGCUUCCAGCACCUCCACAGGGACCGGCUGCUGCCGCCCAGGGCCGUGAGCUUGGGCCAGAACCUCUUUACUUUACCAGCCAGAGGUUUAGAUGUGCCUCCAGUCCCUUCCAGGACAAGUCAAGGUGUUCAAAGCUGUAAGGCUUCUCCAGCACCUCGCAGUAAAGUGGUUGUCACUCCAGGACUUCUCAGGUUUUCAAGGGAGGUCCCGGUCACAUCCACAUCCACAGUGCAGCCUGUGUUCUUCCUUCCACUGCUUCACCAAGAGCCUCAAACCGCUGCCAUGGCCCUUCCAGAGCACAGCAGCUGCACGGCUUCAGAGCAGAACUCACCAGGCUACAAUCCUGCAGCCACACUGGGGAGUUCAGCCCCCGAUUCUCUGACUGGCAGUGCUGGUUCUGCAGCAUCAAGGAUCUCCAGCUGGGCCUGUAAUCCCUCUGCUGCAGACGAGUGGGCAGGAGUAGAUCCGGAAGUUGUGUUUCAGAUGCUCGAGGAGGUGCUUGCAUCAAACCUGCCUGAAAUGUUUCCCUUUCUUGAGGGGAAUAUUAGUGUUCCCUCUGAGUCUUCAGGAGGGGAGCCUGGGAACAAGGCUGCAGCAGAGAAAGCUUUGCCUGGCAGUGCGAGCAGCGGGAACAGUUCCCUGGAGCCAAAUGAGCCUGAGGUCCAUGAGCUGUACCUUGCCAGGAGAGCUGCUCUGCGUGGGAGGAAGCGACUGAGGGAGAGCCUGUGAAACAGGGCAGCUGGAAUCCCUCUGUUUAUAGUUAUAUUUAAAGAUGGGUAGAGUUACAUUUCUAGAUAUAGUUGCAUAUUUAUAUUUAUAGAUGUAUAGAGAUGAAAUAAUAUAUUAAUAGCUAUUAUUAUUUUAACAU